UCGCUUCUUACCCCACCCUGGUUAUAUGUUUGCCGCACACACGGCAACUGUUUCACUGCGGCUGCGACAUUCAACGCUGUGACACGAGCAGUGCUGGAAGACAAGUUGGAUACAACAGACCACCAACAUGAAGAAGGCAGUGGGGGUAGGAGUACCCUUAGUGCUGGUUCUGACUGUCGCCGUGUACCUCGGUGUGACGUGGUACAAACAGGAUGAACCAAAACCCCGUCACCGUUGGAUCAAGAAAUCCGUAGGCUUGCCGGAUUAUCUCAAAGAAGCCCUGCAGAAAGCAGCCGCAGAAGAUGCCCCGGAGUACGUCCAGAACAAACGCUUCAUCGGGGACAUUGCCAAGAUGGCUGGAGACCUUUUAUCGAAACCGAAGCCAGUCGACAACAAGCAACUGUCAGGUCAAAUUAACCAGCUGGGUGGUAUGAAGAACAUGGGCCCAGACCUCAUGUCAGACAGUGUGAAACAACAGCAAGAGAUGACUGGAGAGGUUGAAAAAGAGGUGGCGGACAAAACUAUACAAGGCUUAUUUGCUGCCCCGGAAAAGAAAGCAGCACCACCAGCUGGUGGAGGCAAACCAGCAGCUCCUGCUGCGCCUAAAGGUGGUACCGGAGAAAUGAAGGCUGAGAUAGAUUUUAUCGAACAGAAGGGCAUGGUCCAGGACGACUUGUUUGCUCCACCAGGAAUGAAAAUGAAGGUGGACGUUGAAAAAAGUCCAAAAAAGCAGAACGAAAAAGACGACAUGUCCCCACCAAAGGCGUUUUCUUACCCCAUGGGGAUGGGGGGUACUCUGAUGAACGGCUGUUUCGGGACUGGAUACGUACCAGGAGAUCCGUGCUACAAAGCGAAGAGGCCGCUCCCGCCAUGUUUGAACUUGAUGGAGGGAUGUUACUACAUCGGGGUGGGCUUCGAUGGUCGUGGAGAGUACAGCAGUGUAUCCAGGAGGAAAACAGUCAUUCAGCGGAAAUGUUCAUUGAAGAAGAAGUAUCACGGGCAGGAGGUACCCGACCAGAUGAACGUUCACGGCGUCUAUGAUUCAGACGUCAGCUCCAGAGUUUUUGAAGGGAGAGAGUCUUUUCGCCAAUUCCUCCAGCAGAAAGCCGGCGUCUCUUUUUCAGGAUGGGGCUUCCAGGGUUCUGUGAACUCAGCAUGGGGUGGAUCCUCAAAGUCUGAGAAACAGAUGUUCAUGUCACUUAUUGAGGCUGAUAUUAUCAGGUAUGAAAUAUUCCUGGAUGAGGUAAAACCGACUGAUCUGACCCUGUCUUUCCUACGGGAUUUCUUGUCCCUUCCCAAGAACUUCAUAAUAGGAAAAGCUAAGCUACAGGAAUUCAUCAUCCGCUACGGAACCCAUUACAUCAAGUCAGCAAAAUUUGGCGGUUCAUUCCAGCUGUAUAAGACUCAGGAAGCGACUAAGAGCGAAAGUUUGGAAUCUUUCUCUGUCUCAGCCCAGGCGUCUUACAGCGGCAUGUUUAGUGCGGGAGCUCACUACGGGAGGAAGGAAGAAAGUGGGAGCGCCUCGUCGCAGAAGUCUUCCAGCACCCAUCUUGUGAUUGAAGGAGGUGACCAAAAAGUCGCGGGAAUCGUCGCAGACUUCUACACAACCAGCUUCAAGGACACCUUCACCGAAUGGCUGAAGUCUGUUCCGUCCUACCCAAAACCUAUCGAGAUGUUCAUGGGCACCUUGUCAGAGCUGCUGAACUUGAACUUCAAACUUCUCUUCCCCUUUGACGUGAGUGAUGCUGCAGAUGGCUGCUUCAGUAAAAACUUGUUGACAGAGGAAGGGACAGGACGGAAGUACUAUAACGUACCGGUUCUCGUGGAGGAAGGAAAUGAGACAAUAACAGAGAAUGAGAAACGGUACUGUGACGAUACAUCAGUCGAAGAGUUUCAGCUCAGUAUGGACAAGAAGCGACUCGCACUGGAAAGGGCAAUUGCUGUUUACAUGGAGGAGGGUCCAAUCCCCACGACAGACUUUCAUCUGAAGGGUGGGAAACCCGGAUGUCAGACUGACCUCCUUAUGGUGAAGGGAGGAGACGCUGGAGUUUCACACCCAUCAUGGCUUGAACUGAUCAACGGAGACACAUAUAAGAUUUUCUUCGACCUUCAGCGCGAUGUUGGUAGAGAUAUAAGGAAGGACACUGAAGCCUAUGUCGUUUACUCGGAGGGCAGGUGGAAUUGCCAUCAUCCCGGGAAAACCUUUCACGCAUACAACAGCUGGGACAACGGCGGGAGCGGCGACACUAAGAACAAGAAGGUAUCCUGCUUUGGUUUUGUGAUGACGUACCAUGAAUCGACUGGAAAGUUAAUUGCCACAGUAGACGAUGUGAAAGUUUCCCUUAAGAUUUUUAAAUACCUCGAUCGGUCCAAUCCCAACAUAGUGAACUCAGUUGUGGGCAGAGUUGAGUACGUCAGUCCACUAGAACAUUCACAGAGCAACAGCGGGGCUUUAGCGAAUAUCCUUGAAGCACCCUGCGAGGUGAAGUGGUCCAACUCCUACCAGAUCAAACCUGCAGAGGAGGGCGGGAAGUGUCUUUACUUUGUUGCGGCGUCUAAAGGCGACAUUUUUGUUGUCUUUUCCGCCAUCCCGAGGGACAAGACCACCUGGUACCAUCUCCAGAUCAGUUUCCAAGGUGUCGCGCUGUACAAGGGAUUGAAACUGAUUAAGUACGAGGGAGCGAAAAGCGCUAGAAGUCUAGGAGACUCCAAACUGUUUCAGCCAUACUUCAUUUGCAUUGAAGAAGACAUGGACAAACAACAAACCUACAUCAGAUACGGCAUCGGCUCAGAUAAUUCGGAAAAGGGCUUGAUCUACAUGGUCUACACUGAUGAGAGUAAACCAAUAGGUAUCCGAUUCUACUCAUUUGGUAGCGGGGAAAAUGACGUAGAGAUCAUGGACGCGAGGAUCAUUGAAGGAAGCGCCACAGGAGAGAUGGAAUGUACAGGAGGAACUGUCAUGGUGGAUGGCAGAUGUGUGGAAGACUGUCACCCAGAAUGUAACGGAUGUAUUCCGAAGUCUCCGGGAUCAAAGCUGGACACCGAAUGCCGUCUGUGUCAGCACUUUUCUAUUCAGCAGGAUGAUGGAACUACCAAAUGCGUGGGGGAAUGCCCGGAAGGAAAGAAAGCGGCUCCAAAUGGCGCUACGUGCAUAUGUGAGGACCUUUCCAUCCUAGACGACAAUGACAAAAUCCAAUGCGUCACAGCGUGCCCAGACACCCAUGAAGUGGGCGACAAUGGCGUGACCUGCGAACCUAGGACAGUCAUAAACAAGUGGAGGCACGACGAUCGUUGUGGUCCAAGUUACACGACACCGACAGCCAACCCUGGACAGUGUGACCCAGAAAGUUCCAAGCCCUGCUGUUCCCCAUCGGGAUACUGUGGGGAUUCCGCCGCUCACUGCACCUGCCCAGGCUGUAUUGACUAUCGGCCAAAGUGGAGGGAAGACUGGAAAUGUGGCCCAGGCAACGCUGCACUAGGAGCGAAUCCCGCCCAGUGUGACCCAACAUCAGGCACGCCCUGCUGUUCCCCCGACGGAUGGUGUGGGGCUAGCAACGAUCACUGCCAGUGCUCAAGCUGUUGGGACUACCGUAAUGUCGCCCGAGGGAAGGCAGCACUAGCAACAAGCACCGCCUGGGACGGGGCUGCUGCCAGGGCCGUUGACGGGAACACCGAUUCCAACUACGGCGGUGGUUCCUGUACACACACUAACAACGAGGCUAAUCCAUCCUGGAGGGUAGAUCUCGGUAUGACGUAUGCGAUUGACAGAGUUGUCAUCUAUAAUCGUCGGGACUGUUGCGGUGAUCGACUCAACAACUUCAACAUUCACAUCGGGGAUAACCCAUCGGUCUUAGAGAACCCCAAGUGUGGAGGGAACCAUCAAGCCGGGAACGUCAUCACCGUCUCAUGCUCGGAAAUGCAGGGACGAUACGUUUUCAUCCGCCUUCCGGGAUCUUCCAGGGCACUAACCCUGUGCGAAGUUCAAGUUUAUCCUUGCUUCGAUUGUGUUGUCUUUAGCAAUGUCGCCCUGGGGAAGAGAACGGUUCAAACGAGUGGAGAAGCGGAUGGCCCAUCCAGCCGUGCUGUAGACGGCAACACCGAUACCAACUGGGGUGGAGGAUCCUGUACACACACGCGAACAGAGGCGAAUCCAGCCUGGCGGGUGGAUCUCGGCCAAACAUAUCAGAUUGAUAAGGUGAAUAUCUACAAUCGCCGGGACUGUUGCAGUGACCGACUCGACCCAUUCAACAUCUACAUCGGGAAUAGCGAAACAGCCACAGAGAACCCCAAGUGUGGAGGUGACCACCGUAUCGGGAACCAGGCGUCUAUGUCCAUCUCGUGUAACAGGAUGCGGGGACGAUAUGUGUUCGUCCGUCUUCCCGGAUCCCAACGAACAUUGACCCUGUGUGAAGUCCAAGUAAUUGGUGGCUAGUGAUGAUGGAACCACCCAAACGGACCCAGCAGUCAUUGAGAAGACACCGAAUGAAUGGCUUCAAAAACACACUGCGUCAUCAAAAGACACACAAGUUUGCUCUCUACCUGAGUUUUAGAAUACAGUUAGCAUUAGCGUAGAAAAGACGAAACUUUUAAACUUUGAUGAAGGUUAGACAUCCAGGUAAUAAGAUAUGCCCAAAAGCAGUUACUCAAGCAACUCGAUAUGAUUUGGAAACGGUCAGACGUUUCCACUGGCAUCCAACAUUUUUCGUCAGUGACACUGAAGUGCUCUGGAAGAAACUUGUCUGUUGUACCCUAUCUACGAAUGAAAACAAUUUAAACUGUCUAAUAGGAAACAUGUAAGACAAAUUCGCCUGACCGUUUCCAAAUCAUAUCCAGUUGCUUGAGUAACUGCUUUUUGGCGAAACCUUCAAAGUUGUGUAUAAUUAUUUGCAUUUUUAUCUAUGAAUCUCUUGAGGUUUUAAGGUGCCCUGUUUGUACUCUUAAGUGUUGCUAAUGUAGCAAUGCUUGAAACUUUGCACAACAUUUUGUGAGCAAGACCAAAAGCUGAAUUUACCACGUAAAUUAAUUAUGUAACAGCAACAUAUCAGUAGCAUCUUUGUAGUCUUGUGGAUACAGAAUCAAGGUUCGGUGUAGUUUGUAUGCAUGUGAUAAAAACAGAUAUAAUUAUUGAGCAUAACAGCUAACUGUUUUAUGGUUCGCUUUCGCUUACAAAACCAAUCAUAGGCAACAAUGGUUUUACCACUUUUAUGUAUAACGUUUUAUUUGUGAUAGAAGCGUUACGGUGUAAGAAUACGAUUAAAAAUCUUGUUAGUAGAAAAGGGA